GCCAUUCAAUUCUGUCCUCAAUAUAUAGGACAUCAUAAUUUCAUAAGAAUCACAAGUCACAACUCACCACUAAUUCUCUCACACUAAGAGGCAAAAAUAUUUAGCACAUCUAUAUUGAAGGAGAGAAAGGAAACAAAAAGAGAGACAAUGGAGACCAAGGUUGUAGUGAUAUCCGUUGUUGCGGGUUUCCUGGGGCUCUUAGCAGUGAUUCUUGGUUUUGUUGCUGAGGUUACAAGGAUUAAGAUGGAUCAGGUGUUGUUUGAUGGGCUCAAUUGUAUAUACCCUUCGAGUCCAGCUACGGCUCUUGGUAUAGUUGCAUUAUUGGCUAUUAUUUUGUCUCAAAUAAUUAUAACUGUUGCAACUGGUUGUAUUUGUUGUUGCAAAAGAGGUUCUCUUCCUACUACCUCUAAUUGGACCGCAGCUCAGGCCUGCUUUUCCUUUUCCUGGUUCUCAGUUGUCAUAGCGGCUAUUUUGUUGGUGCUUGGUUCUGCAUACAAUAAUUCUCAACAAACUACCAUACAAGGUGAUAACUACUUCCAAUGCUAUGUUGUGAAGCCUGGAAUCUUUGCUGGUGGUGCCAUUAUGUCCCUCGCAAGUGUGGUUUGUGGUCUUUUUGCUUAUAUUUUAACUCAAGGAAAGGACAGUCCUACGGGACAACCUCAGUUCCAAGCGGGCAGCCCUAAUCAAGGAGAGAUAGCUAUGGGACAACCUCAACCUCAGUACCAAUGGGGCAAUCAAGGAGGAGUACCUGCGGGACCAGCUAAGUUCCCACCACAGGGUCCUCAAGAACAUGUAUAGUUUGACUAAUUACCCAUCUUUUUCAACUGUGCAUUAUUGAGAGUAUGAUGUUUAUGUAAUAAAUGUACACACUUGCUGUGUGGAAUUUGAUCAAGUGGUUAUUCGUUGGUUAAUUAAUUGAAGUUUGAUUUUGAGUUGUAUUUUGCAAA